AUGGGGUUUUCAAUUAAAAAAUUGGUUAAACACCAAUCUGAAGAAAAUGGUAGCACUGAUAUUUCAUCGGAUAUUGAACAACAAAACUACCCAAUUGUAACUGAUGAAAAAAAUACAGGCAAUGAAAAACAUGCUAUAUAUGAAUCUAUCAGUAAUGAUGAUGACACAAAUGAUCUUUAUGCUAUUGAAUCAGCCAUUGAAACUAAAUUGUCAUGGUUUAAUAGAUUAGCCAUAUAUUUAAAUGCAGAAACUAAAGGUAUCGAACCUGUUGGUGAAGAAGAAAGAAAUCCUGAUGAAUCAGUAGUUAACGCUGCAUCAAUGUGGUUUUCAGCAAAUAUGGUUAUUGCAGCUUAUGCAUUAGGUGGUUUGGGACCAAUGAUUUAUCAGUUAAAUUUUGGUACUUCUGUUCUAGUUAUUAUCUUUUUCAAUAUCUUAGGUUUACUACCUGUUGCUUAUUUUUCAUUAUUUGGUUGUGAACUAGGUUUAAGACAAAUGGUUUUAUCUAGAUUCUUACUAGGUAAUUUAACUGCAAGAAUCUUUGCUUUGAUUAACGUGGUUGCUUGUGUCGGUUGGGGUAUUGUUAAUACUGUGGUAUCAGCUCAAUUAUUAAAUAUGGUUAACCAUGCUUCUGGACAUGAAUGUCCUCUAUGGGCAGGUUGUAUUAUUAUCGUUGGUUGUACAGUAGCUGUAACAUUUUUUGGUUAUCGUGUUAUUCACGCAUAUGAAAAAUGGUCAUGGGUUCCAAAUUUUGCUGUCUUUUUAGUCAUUAUUGCACGUCUUGCAAAAUCUCAUAAUUUCAGUAAUGGUGAAUGGACUUCAGGCCCAACUACUGCUGGUAAUGUUCUUUCAUUUGGUUGUACCGUUUAUGGGUUUGCUACUGGCUGGACCACUUAUGCAUCCGAUUAUACUGUCUACAUGCCAAAGAAUACUAAUAAAUAUAAGGUUUUCUUUUCUCUAGUAGCUGGUUUAUCUUUCCCAUUAUUCUUUUGUAUGAUUCUAGGUGCUGCCUCUGCUAUGGGUGCCGUUAAUGAUCCAACCUGGAACCAAUACUAUCAAACUAAUUCUAUGGGUGGUUUAACUUAUGCUAUCCUUGUUCCAAACUCUUUACAUGGUUUUGGUCAAUUCUGUUGUGUUCUAUUAGCUAUGUCUACUGUUGCUAAUAAUGUUCCAAAUAUGUAUACGAUUGCAUUAUCUGCACAAGCUAUGUGGGAACCAUUUGCUAAGGUUCCAAGAGUGUUGUGGACCCUAGCUGGUAAUGCAGCAACCGUUGGUAUUGCCAUUCCAGCAUGUUACUAUUUUGAAGGCUUUAUGCAAAAUUUUAUGGAUUCUAUCGGUUAUUAUUUAGCUAUUUACACAGCCAUUGCAUUAUCGGAACAUUUCAUUUACAGAAAAAAUUCUUUCAGAAAUUAUAAUAUUGAGGAUUGGAAUGAUAGUAGUAAAUUGCCUAUUGGUAUUGCAGGAACGGCUGCAUUAAUAGUGGCUGCCUUCGGUGUUGCUUUAGGGAUGUGCCAAACUUACUGGGUUGGUGAAAUCUCAAGAUUGAUUGGUGAUUAUGGUGGUGAUAUCGGUUUUGAAUUAGGUGCUUCUUGGGCAUUCAUAACUUACAACAUAAUACGACCAUUUGAAAUAAAAUAUUUCGGUCGUUAA